UGAGUUCCCAACAGCUCAGUCUGGCUCUAACAACUCGAACAGCCGCAUCGCGCUUAGCCCUAGAAAAAUAAAUAUAUAUAUUCCCACAUAUAUAUAUAUAGCCAGACCUAUAUAUAAAGUUUGUUCUGUGUGCGUUCAAGAUUAAAAAAAUUACAAAAUGUGGCGCUUGCUUUUGGCUCUGGCGUUGAUCAGUGCGGUGUGCUGUGAUUCGGACCUUUUUCGAGAUGAUCUGAGGACUCCGGAAGCGUUGGACUCCCUGGAAAGACUAAGACAAAAGCAGCAGAUGCGGAAGCAACAGCAGCAGCAACAGCAGGAACCCCAAUAUAUCCAGCCGAUUCCCUUGCCAACUUCAGCGCCCCUGCAAUCGCCCGGCCUUGUAAAUGGCCUUGCCACCCAAAGUGAUCCCGCGACAAAUCGAUUUUCCGGCAGUUCAGUAAAACAGCCCCAGCCGCAGCCGGCUGGCUAUUCUACCGCCUACGUGGAUCUGCCGAUCUCCGAUCAGAUUGCCCAAAGUGUGCUGAAUUUCGCGCAUAUUCUGGGCCAGAACUUGGGCUAUCAGAAAACGGAGAUCUUCUCCCCGUUGAGCAUUGUCAACUCCCUGGCUUUACUACAGCUGGGCGCCAAGGGUCGCAGUUUCACGGAGCUGUCCUCUGUUUUUGGCAUCACGGAUACCAUCCGGCUGCAUGAGCAGUUCGGUUUAAUGCUGCAGGAUCUGCAGCAGCCCAACAGGGAGGGAAUUUCGCAGGGACGACCUCUAACUAACUGGCGAGCCACCAGCCCAGUGAGAUCCAAUCGACGCGCCCAGAGACCCGGAGCCCACGAGGUGCACCUGGCCAACGGACUGUUCACACAGACCGGCUACUCACUCAACCCCGACUACAGACGGGCGAUCGCAGAGGUCUACGGGUCGAGUCUGGAGGUCCAGGAUUUCGAGGCCAGUCCGGCGCAGGCGAGAUAUAACAUAAAUGCCUGGGUGGCACGUAAUACGAACAACCGCAUUCAGAACAUAAUCUCCAGCGAUAUUCCGCAUAGCACCCGAAUGAUUCUGGCCAACGCCCUGUACUUCAAGGCCUUCUGGGAGACGGACUUCAUUGACUCGGCCACUCGACUGGAUAACUUCUAUCCGAACGGCGAGGGAACUGAGCCGGCGAUCAGGAUCCAGAUGAUGGCCACCGGAGGAUCGUAUCCGUACCACGAGGAUGCCCAGCUGGGCUGCAAGAUCAUUGGGCUGCCCUAUCGGGGUAACCUGAGCACCAUGUACGUCAUCCAGCCCUUCAAGUCGUCGAUGGUCGAACUGAUGGCCCUGCAGAAGCGUUUGAGCCCGGAAAAGAUCGAAAACUUGAUCGGCCAGAUGUACAGGCGACAAGCUCUGGUGGCCUUUCCCAAAAUGCAUCUCACCGAGUCCUUGAACCUGAAGACCGUCAUGCAGAGAAUGGGUCUGGGCGGCAUCUUCAGCACCGUGCAGAAUGAUCUCUCGCUGAUUGCCGCCAACGAAGCUUCAAGGACGAAUUCGCUGGGCGGGAAGAGCCUCCAGAAUCUGGAGGCCCAGCGAAAUGCGGGCGGAGCUCACUCCGAUUUGGUGGUGGACGACAUUGUCCACAAAGUGGACUUCAAUGUCAACGAGCAGGGAACGGAGGCGGCGGCGUCUACGGUCACGUACCUCAAGAAAUCCGGUCCGGAUGUCCUCUUCCGCGGAGACACCCCGUUCAUGGUGCUGGUGCGCCACGAUCCCACCAAACUGGUGCUCUUCUACGGCCUCAUAAACGAGCCCCCAGCUGCCGCUUAGUCCCAAGGAUAUAAGAUUAUUAAGCUCUAGUUCCUAAGUUCGUUGACUCUUUAGUUAGGAAGCCGAUAGAUCAUUUGAAAUGAUUCAAAAUAAUAAAUUAAACAAUAAUAAUAGUA